AUGUCUUCUAAGUGUAUUGUCUAUGGUUGUAUGUUUCUAAAUGUAAAGAUGUCUUCGUUACUGAAAAGAGCUCUGUUCAACAACUCUCAAUCCAUAAGAAAAACGGCAGCUCUGUUUUGCAAUGCCACUAGGAAUCAUUGGAAUUACCAGUACCAACCUGGUCCUUAUCCUAAAACACCAGAAGAACGGGCUGCAGCAGCUAAGAAAUAUGGAAUGACUGUAGAGGAGUAUACUCCCUAUCCUGAAGAUAUGGGCUAUGGUGAUUAUCCGAAGCUACCUGAUAUUGGUGAGGACUCCAAGGAUCCUCAUUAUCCUUAUGAUAACCCGGAAUUGAAGAGGAAUUUCAAUGAACCGUUGCACGCUACUGCAGAAAUAUUUGGUGGAGAUCGCUGUGACAUUAGCAUAAGGCGAAGAUUUUCACUGCUGCAUCAAUGGACUUGGUUUUUGGGUACUCUAGGAGGAUUUGCUCUUCUAAUGGUGUUUUUAGAAGACUAUAAAAUUGGAAGACCAGUUACAGCCAAGCAGAUUCCUGGGCAGGGUGUUCAUUACUUGUUCAGCCCAAAUUAAUGAUUUUCUAGUGAUGACUCAAUUAAAUUAUGUAGUUACUUUUGUUGCUGUUUAUGAAAUAAAUAACGAUUUUAAAUGGAAAAAUUUAA